GGCAACACGAAAACUGGGCCACAUCUAAAUUGGCAAAUGGACAUUUUAGGCUACGGAGAUAGGAACCACCGACAAUAACCAAGAGGUUUAUUUUGAGACACUGAGCUGCUGAUUAGUUAGGCUGUGAGGAGGAAGCAGGAAUGAAGUGAUGCGUUUCACACAUAUUUUAUUCUUACAGAAAUAUCCUGCACCAACCGUUAUCAUAUGAAUAUUCUGAUGAGGCAUAUAAAUAUAGAUAUGCAACAGACUGCAUUAAAAUGAAAUAGUUAUUGCUAUAACAUAAUAUCACCAAAACCCACUUUAACGGUGAAACAUAUGAUUCGUUCUUUAGGCAAUGCGACUGUAAUGUAGCCUGAAUCAGUCUCUUCCAGAUCCCCCCCUCCCCAUCCUAUUCCUACAACGACUAGACUCGUUUGCUUCGAGGCAGACAGCUCAGAAUCGGCGUGUGCGCAACAGCACACACCAAGCACGGAAAACAACCGAGAGCAAAUCUGUUGUUACGUUUUAUCAGUUAAGGCCCAGGGUUGCUUCUCCUCGGUACGACUGACAUAGCCUUCCCCUUGGCUUUUCCAGGAAAAAAAAAAGGUUUAGUUGUUCUAUCCGAGAGAGAGCAUCGUGGAGGCAUGGCAGAAGCGGAGUUACAAACCUUUACCUCAAUCAUGGACGCUUUGGUUCGUAUUAGUUCUAACAUGAAGAGCAUGGAACGGGAGCUGCAUUGCCCGGUGUGUGAUGAGAUGGUGAAGCAGCCCAUCCUUCUGCCUUGCCAGCACAGUGUGUGUCUGCUGUGUGCAGCUGAGGUGCUGGUACAAAGAGGUUAUCCUCCUCCAGACCUCCCUCCGGAGCCCAACUCACCGGCCUCCACACCCAACACCCGCUCCCCUCGACAGGCACGAAAACCCACACCGAGGACCCCUGACCGCCUGGAACGCGUCCUCAGAACAGUGUGUGGGACGUACCCAGGGCGGAGGCGGAAGGACACGGCCCCUCCCCCCAUGCUGUUCCCAUGUCCUUCUUGUCAGGAGGAAGUGGAGCUUGGAGAGAAAGGCCUGACCGACUGCCUCCGUAACCUCACGCUGGAGCGGAUUGUGGAGAGGUAUAGGCACACAGUCAGUCUGGGCAGUGUAGCCAUCAUGUGUGGGUUCUGUAAGCCCCCUCAGUCUUUGGAGGCCACUAAGGGCUGUGCUGACUGUAAGUCCAAUUUCUGCAACGAGUGUUUCAAACUCUACCACCCUUGGGGAACCCCUCGAGCACAGCAUGAGCACAUUCUACCCACCAAUAACUUUCGGCCAAAGGUGCUAACGUGCACAGAGCAUGAGCAGGAGAGACUGCAGUGGUACUGCCGUAACUGCCAGAGGUUACUGUGCUCUUUGUGUAAGCUUCGUCGUGUGCAUCAUGGACACAAAGUGUUGCCCAUUGCACAGGCCUACCAGGCCCUCAAGGAAAAGAUUGCUAAGGAAGUCAACUUCAUCCUGGCCAACCAGGAGACAAUUCAGAGUCAGAUCACUCAGCUGGAAGAUGCCAUCAAACAGAUGGAGGCAAACAGUGCAGUGGCUCUACAUCAGCUGACCCACUGCAUCCGAGAGCUGGGAGCGGCUGUAGCAGAGCGUCAGGGGGCCCUGACUCUGGCCCUGGAAGGAUCCCGCAACAGGAGGGAGGAGGCCCUGUCUGCACAGGUCUCAGAGAGGCGAGGCCUGCUGGAGCAUGCGGGCCUGAUGGCCUUCACACAGGAGCUGCUCAAGGAGGGCGACCCACCAUGCUUCGUACAGGCUGCCAGAGUCACUCACAACAGGCUAGUGAAGGCAAUAGAAAACCUCCAGUGUUUUUCUCUUUCUGCUGAUCCCUCCUUCAAACAUUUUCACCUCGAUGCAUCCAAAGAGGUCAAGCUCAUCCAUGGUUUGGAGUUCAUACGUGCCCCACUGGCUCCAGUCAUCGACACUCAGAAGACACUUGCUUACGACCAGCUGUUUUUGUGCUGGCGCCUCCCUCAGGACUCGGCCCAGGCUUGGCACUUCUCUGUUGAAUACCAGCGACGAGCAGGAGGAGCUGCAGCCACAUGGGGUGGCGUCAGAUCCCCUAAUGCUGCAACAGUGUGGCAGCGUCUGGAUGAAGUGAGAGGGACCAGCGCUGUGGUUGAUCGACUGCAGAUAGACAGUGUGUAUGUGCUCAGGGUGAGAGGCUGCAACAAAGCCGGGUUUGGAGAGUACAGUGAAGAAGUUUACCUCCACACUCCACCAGCACCUGUGUUGAGUUUCUCCUUGGACUCACGCUGGGGAUUGCAUUCUGACAGGCUGGCAUUGGGUAAAGGCCAAACUUACGCCCGCAGUGUGCCAGGCCUCUCCCUCCUGCAGGCUGCUGACCGCACACUCACUUCUUGUCACUUGACCUCUGACCUGCUGGUAGCUGACCGGGCUGUGACUCAGGGCAAACACUACUGGGCAUGCUCUGUGGAGCCUAGUUCCUACCUGGUAAAGGUGGGAGUAGGGCAGGAGGCCAAGCUACAAGAGUGGUUUCACCUCCCCCAGGAUAUGGCCAGCCCUCGGUGUGACCCAGACAGUGGCCAUGACAGUGGGGCCGAGGACGGCCAAGACUCCUCUCCCUUUUGCUUCCUCACGAUGGGCAUGGGCAAGAUCCUGCUUCCUCAGGGGCACGGUCACAGUCAGAGCCAGGGGGACAGCCACAGCCAGGGGGGAGGGCACUCCCACAACAGCAGCCAAAGCAACCUCCCUCACCCUCACACUGCUCCUCUGCCACCACGACUCGGAUUGUGUCUGGACUGUGACAAAGGACGUGUCACUUUCUAUGAUGCCCACUCAUUGCGGAUCCUGUGGGAAGGUCACGUGGAUUGUUCGGCUCCAGUGUGUCCGGCCUUCUGCUUCAUUGGUGGGGGGGCCCUGCAGCUGCAGGACCUCGUGGCCAAUCGGAGCAUUGAGGAGCCGCCGCCACGGAGGGUAACGAUCCAAACACGUGCAACAAAUCUCAGUAAAUAAUUUGCAGUGAGAUGGCAGUUGAUGGGCACAGUUCACUCGGUGUGUAAAGUGUUUCUCAUGUCUGUAGAAUUGAAAGGUGGUUUAUAUUCACCACCUACUGUGAGCUGGUAAUUAAUUGCCUUGAUCCUGUCAAACUUCAAUACUUGAUUGAACUUUAACUGCUGAAUACGGUUAUGUUUUUCCUUUAAAUGUGAUUUUUGAGAUCUGAUGUUGAUUUGCAUUUGCACUUGGCCUGAAAAUAUUAAAUGUGUUUGCUUUCUUCUUUCCUCGAUUUUGCUAUCCCCCUAUGGACGUUGUGGCUGAAGUGAUUUUAGACUAUGCAGAAUUCUGUUUAUAGGGUAAGCUAAACACCUUUAUAACAGCUGAAAAAAAUCUGUUUGCAGUCUGUUUUACGCUUAAUUUGUCCCACAAUGAUUGGAAAGCACACUUUGCAUGAAAGUGUAACUAGGAUUCAUAACUUAAAUAUAUGCAGUCACCCUGUAAAAGCACCUCAGAUGUACUGUAUGUCUAAUUUUAUAUCUUCAUUUUUUUUAUAUAGCCCUGACAAGAGUGAACAUUGAGUAUAUAAUUUAAAAAGAAUGCAAAUUUUUGUCAGUUGUUGAACUGAAAAGCUCUGAUAUCAGGAUCACGUGUCUCUGUGUCUGCAGUCCCAGUUGGUAUUUUAUGUAGUUGCUGUUUUGCAUUUCAAAAAGGAACUUGUGUGGCAUUUUGGCUGGUUGAACAAGCUCAGAGUUGCCUGAAUGUUUUCAGAUUACAAGCGAAAUCAAAGUAAAAAAACACUCUGAGGAAUCAUACCCUCAUUAUGCUGUUUGACUUAAUAACAUAUGAAUACAUUUCACUGUUUUACAUUUUGACGAAAGCUAAAAAUGUGGAUGGCCUACUUGUUCAGUAUUAAACUGUGGUGUUAGAGUGAUUUGCACACACAUAUUAAUGACAAGCUUGGAUGGAUGGCAAGGUAAGCAUCCCAGGUAGGCUAAUGGAAGAGGCCUGGUUGACUUUUUUUUUUUCUUUAAAGGUUUUGUUUCUCUUACUGCAAGUGACAGUAGCUCAUCCACUUACUGACUAAGCUGAUUCACACUUAUGUUUGGGGAAUGUAAGAGCCCAGUUAUGUAUCAUUUCAGUGCAAGAGAUUGUCUAUAUUGUAAUAUUUUCAAAUUGACUGGCUCAGACUGUAUUUUGAUAUAUGAUUUUUCUUGUAUGCGUGUGUGUGAGAAAGAUUUGGCUAUGACUUUCAUGCUUUCUAAUGUGUGUAUGUGUGUAUCCUGUCUUGAGUGAUUUGUCUAGACUCCUCUACUUGUGAUACAGCACAGCACUUGAAUGACUUUAGAUUGUAGCAUCACAGAAAUCAGAAUCUCUUAAUUUAGAUUUAUCUUUGCCGGCAGAAUGUUUCUGUCAUGUCACAAGAAAUCAAUAAAUGGCUGAUA